AUGAAAAUUUGGGAAUUUGCUCCUGAUAAUUUUCACGAGUCCACUCAUAAAGAAAUUCUCAAAUACAUAAGAAUAUUUCUUGCUCUCUUUUCAGUUGGAAAUUUCCUAUGAGCGCUUAUUUUAACCCCAGAUUUAUUCUUUAUUUAUCUAACUUGCUGGGGAUUAACAAUCACGAUGAUUUAUUUUAUAGUUGCUGCUUUAUCUUAUUUUUCCACAAAAUUGACAAAAGUAGCAUAUAUUUUAUUUGAAACGAUAUGGGCUAUAGAAAGCUGCAUAACCGUUAUGUAUUGGACUGCGGUAGCGCCUUUGUCAUCAAUUGAUGUUUUGCAAACCAUUUUUCAUCAUGUAGUGCCAAUUAUUACACUAACAUUUGACUUUUGCUUGAAUAGAGUUGAAUUUAUAAGGAAGCAUAUGGUUUUUCCUCUAGGCAUUAGUAUUAUUUACUUAUUGUGUGUGAAUAUGCCUUAUGCCUUAGAAGUGGAAGAAGUUUAUCCUUUGAUGAGCUUUAGAAAUGUGUGGAGCUAUUUGAUGAUUUUAGGGGCACUGAUUGUAGAGGUGAUUGCUUUUGAAGGAGCUUUACAAUUGAAAAGAAAAUUAGGAAUAUGCACGAAAAGUGUGGAUAUAGAAAUGAACAGCAAUAACUAUGAAAUAGAUGGCAAAAGACCUUUAACUUCCUAA